AUGGCAGAAGCAGAAUCAGAACCCUCCACCGCCCCAGCGGCGGCGCCCAUCAUGCCGGUCGCCAUCUUCAAAAAACGCGGCGCCAAAGCCAAAGCCAACCUCCGAAAACGCCCUGCCACGCCCCCCCCCGCCGCCGCCAACGACAGCGACAGCGACGACGGUUCCGAUUUCUCUUCCGAAGAAGACGCAUCCGGCGAAAGAAUCAAGCGUCGAAAACGCAACACCGGCGCGGUUGUUGCUUCGUCCAGGAAUAACGUCAACACCGCCUCCGGGUCGGGGUCCGGUGGUGGGAGUGGUGGUGGUGACGCCGGCAACGACCUAUCCGCAACAGUCUACCGCGCCGACCGCACCGCCUCCCUCGACACGGGCAAACAAGAAGCCACGAAACAAAGUAACUGGUACGACGAAGAACCCGCCGAUGGCGCCGCCCUCUCCGCGCGCAACCUCCUCGGUUCAACACGCGCUAUGCCCCCGGGCAAGGGCAGUAGCACCAGAAACAACAAGGACGAUCUGAAAAAUGAUCCGCCGCCGGCCCCAGACGGCCUCUACAAAGGCCUCUCCCAAGCCGCCACCUACACCCCCGUCAACCCGGACGCGCCCCGGCGCGCCGCAGGCCCAAUCAAAGCACCACCAUCCAACAUCCGCACCAUCACCAUCACCGACAUGGCGCCAGACGUCUGUAAAGAUUACAAGCAGACCGGUUUCUGCGGGUAUGGCGACGGGUGUAAAUUCCUGCAUGCGCGGGAGGAUUACGCGCAUGGAUGGCAGUUGGAUCGGGAGUGGGAGAGUGUGACGAGGGGGAAGAGGGUUUUGGGGGGGACGGUGGUUGGUAGUGCCGAUCGGUCACGGCGAGGGGGGGAUAAUGAUAAUAAUAAAGCUGCGGAUGAGGAAGAUGGGGAGGAGGCAGAAGCGGCGAUGUUGGAGGGGAUCCCGUUUGUGUGUAUUCUCUGCAAGGGAGCGUAUAAAGCGCCUGUUGUGACGCGGUGUGGGCAUUAUUUCUGUGAGGGGUGUGCGUUGAAGAGAUACCGCAAAGAUCCGAGUUGUGGUGCGUGUGGAGCGGGGACGAAUGGGGUGUUUAAUGCGGCGAAGAAACUGCAGAGGUUGUUGGAGAGGAAGAGGGAACGGGCGGCGAGGGUGAGGCGCGAGGCGAUGGAGAAUGGGGAGGAGGUUAGUGAGGGGGAGGAUGAAUAG